AUGAAAGCUCUCGCUAGAAGUCACGUCUACUGGCCCAAGAUCGACGACAGCAUUUCCGAUUACGUCAAGCAGUGCGACAAAUGCGCUACUCAUUCGAAGACACUUCCGAAAGUUCCUCUUCAAUCAUGGCCGCUCGCACAAUCUCCUUGGGAACGCAUUCACAUAGAUUUUGCUGGUCCAGUCAACGGCCUGCAUUUUCUAGUGGUAAUCGACGCCUUUUCCAAGUGGCCGGAAAUCAGCAUUGUACGCUCACCGACCACAGCAGCAGUCAUCAAUUUCCUGGACGAAGUGUUUGCUCGCUUUGGAGUUCCAAUCACCAUCGUAUCCGACAACGGCACACAAUUUUCAUCGGUGCAGUUCGCGGAAUUCUGCAAGAAGAACGGAAUCCAACAUUUGAGAAUCUCUCCGUAUCAUCCGCAGUCGAACGGCCAGGCGGAACGCUUUGUAGAAACCUUGAAGACGGCAUUGCUCAAGAUUAACGAGGGGGAAAAGAUCUCCGAAUCACUGCAAAUCUUCCUUCAAGCCUACAGAACAACCCCAAGUCGUACCCUGAAUGGAAAAACUCCGUCUCAGCUGAUGAUCGGAAGGAACAUGCGGACAGUCCUGAGUCUACUCCAACCACGACAGCCGAUGACCUCAAUCAUCAAUCAACGACAAAAUGACCAGUUCAACCGGAAACAUGGCGUAGUACCUAGGAACCUACAAGCUGGUGAUGCAGUUUAUGCCAACGUCUACCAAUCCAAUUCAAAAUGGAAAUGGGCUUCCGGAGUCAUUAUUGAAGUCAUUGGGCAAGUAAACUUCAACAUUCUAUUGGACGAAUGGCAUGGCCGACGGAAGUUGAUCCGUUCACAUGCCAACCAAAUCAAGCAUCGCUUUGACGACCAACAACCAACAAAGGAACCAACGGAAAAAUCUUCCCUCAACAUAUUCGUGGACGAGUUUGGGCUGCAGGAUAAUUUUCAACAAAAUGAAGUCACUACCGUUGCUCCUACAGAACCAGCACCAGACCAAGAAGUUUUCAUUGAUGCCACUGAUGAUGACGAAGCACUACCAGAAAUGGAAGUAAGCCUGCCGGAAUCAAUUCAGCAUCCACAACCUGAUGAGGAAGCCUCUACGAGUCGGCCCAGGCGAAUGAUCCAGAUGCCAUCUAGACUGGAACCUUUCCUAGUAUUCUGGAAAUAA